AAACCUCGUGCCUUUCCUCGCGAGAGACGUCUAUCUCAUGCUCGCUGCGGGGGUCGGAGGUCAGGGCGAGCGUCUGCCGGGCCGAAGGAGGAAGAUGGCGGUGGAGUCGCGCGUUACCCAGGAGGAAAUUAAGAAGGAGCCGGAGAAGCCGAUCGACCGCGAGAAGACCUGCCCGCUCCUGCUGCGGGUCUUCACCACCAACAACGGCCGCCACCACCGAAUGGACGAGUUCUCCCGCGGGAACGUGCCCUCGAGCGAGCUGCAGAUCUACACCUGGAUGGAUGCAACCUUGAAAGAACUGACUAGCUUAGUAAAGGAGGUCUACCCAGAAGCCAGGAAGAAGGGUACACACUUCAAUUUUGCAAUUGUUUUUAUGGAUCUUAAAAGACCUGGAUAUCGAGUUAAGGAGAUUGGCAGCACCAUGUCCGGCAGGAAAGGCACUGAUGACUCCAUGACCUUGCAGUCACAGAAGUUCCAAAUAGGGGAUUAUCUGGACAUAGCCAUCACUCCUCCAAAUCGGGCACCACCUUCUUCAGGGCGGAUGAGACCGUACUGAAUUUUAUUGACUUUCUCGGAAGUUAUUUUUCAGCGAGUUUGUAAAAUAAACUUACUUAAUCUUUUCCUCCCCUGAAUUUUGCCAUUAAGCCUUUAAAUUUUCAACGAAUUGUAACAUUUAUUUAGGAAUUAGAGUUGGAUGUACUUUGGUAUAUUAAAGAAAGUCCAUAUAUUUUAA